UCUAUAACGAGGGAAACCUUCUGGAGAUCGUCGCCAUGUGCUCGGCUCACGGGACACAUGUGGCGAGUAUAGCGGCCGCACACUUCCCCAAUGAGCCCGAGAAGAAUGGUGUGGCACCGGGCGCUCAGAUCAUCAGCGUAUGUAUUGGCGAUACAAGACUGGGCUCAAUGGAAACGGGAGCCGCGUUAAUACGAGCACUUAUUAAAGUGAUUGAAAGCGGAGUCGAUGUCAUUAAUAUGAGUUACGGAGAGGCCGGGCAUUAUGUUGAAGGUCGAGUUUUGGAUCUCAUACACGAAGUCGUCAACAAAUACGGCAUUAUUUACAUGUCGAGCGCCGGUAACGCGGGUCCGGCACUGAGCACCGUUGGGACGCCCCCUACGAUGUACUCGUCGUCCCUAAUA